AUGGAAAACACUUCUUCAGAGAUAGAAUGGCAAAAUCUCCCCUAUGACAGAUGGACAGAAUGUCAUGUGAGCUCCUGGUUGAGAUGUAUUGGAAUAAAAGAGAACCACAUAGUAAAACUGGCAGAGGAGGAGGUGACAGGACCAGUUAUCACAACUCUACAGAGGGAAUUCCUCAGCAACACAAUUGGAAUGAAAGGUGGCCAAAUUGAACACCUACUCAAGAAAAGAGAUGAUCUUUUAAAGUCAAAACCAAACAAAGUGAAAAAAGAAAGUGAUUUAAGUGAAAAAAGUAAAGAUGACAUAAAAAAGGAGUUGUUACUUCCAGAACAAGAACCAAACCCCUCUACACAAAAACCUUGUGAAAGAGCAGAAAGAGAGAAUACUACUACAGAAUGCAGUGACCACUCAACUUCUACAGGAAUGACUUCAUCUUUCUGCAACUAUCAAACAUUUGACCAGCGUGAACAACACUACAGAUAUGUCAAACAUGAUGUGCUUCCUCCAGAAACAGGGAUCGAAAACAUGAUUGUUCCAUGUCAUGAAUAUAAGUCACUAGAGAAUGCACACAAACUAGACUCAAAAAGGCUACAAACAAAAUUAGCAAGUGAGGUGUUAAGAUUUACAUGUGCAUGCAUGAAUAUGCGAACCAAUGGAACAAUUCAUUUUGGGAUAAUGGAUAAAAUAAGAGGCAAACACCGGCAUGGUGAAAUUAUAGGAAUACCUAUCUGCAAUCGAGAAGAUUUCGUGGAUGCGUUAGACUACAUUGAAAAAUGCUUCAAAGGAUCAAGUCAACAAUCUGAUGCUAGGAAAUGCAUAAGAAACCCUCGAUUCAUUGAGGUAAUUGACAAGGAAACUACUGAAAAAACAUGGGUCAUUGAAUAUGAUGUUGUCCCCAAAGCAAGCACUGUAAAAGAUAAACUUUACUAUGUUGGUCUCCCAAAAUUCUCUGAGAAGGACAAAAAAGUCAAAUGUGAAGAGAAAGUUCCCUAUCACAGAGUGGGAGCCAAAACACCCCGCAUACAUGAUGAUGACUUUUUUAAUUUCAUUAAAGGACUGACAGAGAAAGACCAACAACGAGAGGAGGCAGAAUCUUCAAGCAAUCAAACAGCUGUUGACUUUAAAGAGGACCAAAAGAGGAAACUCUCCAUCCUCUUAACAUGUGGAAAAACACACAUGGACAACUCUCUGUUUUACAUCAUUGUGAGAAACAAAUUUCACCCAGAGCAUCUUGACAGCAUAGGCUUCUUGGUUAACAUGAAUCUAUUUUGUGUGUUUGAUUUUGACCCUGAUUCAAAGACAUCAGGUCUCUGUGCUAGAUAUAAGGAGCAUAAGCCUGCAACCCCUCGCUUUCUUGAUGACUACGCCAUGAAAACUGCUGACUUCAUAAAUUCUUUACAGCUUUUUGAGAGAACAAGCUGGAUUUUCUGCAAUGGAAGAAACAACUUCCCUGGUGGAGACCAAACCUGCGAUGAAAAAACCUGGAUCAAAACAAGAAAAAAGAAACUGAAAAAAGCAGUGUCGGUCAUCUGCAAUGAAAUCCUUCCGAGGCAUUCAUUUGUAGUCCUCUUCUUGCUCAUGUCUGAUGUUGAGCAGCCUCUUGUUGAGACAUUCCAUGAAUUCUAUGCAGAGAUGAAUGGAAAUGAUUUUUUGGCAGUCGUAUCAGAGUCGAAGGAAAACUACAAAAAGUGGUCAAGUCUUGCACAGGUGUCUUGUGACAUGUCUACACUUAAAGAGAUCAGCAUUGUUGAAAUGCCACUGAGUCAUGUAGAUGCCACAGUUCAAAGCAUUCAGCUUUCAAAGAAUCAAUCCACAAGGACAUUACCCGUCUUAAAUGGCGGAAGAUGCUUCUUAAAGUCAGUUGAAGAGGCCUUGCUAGAUUCUUUGGAAAUCAUCAGUGUUGACCAGUGUGAUGAUACAAAACUGGAGAUCAUGAGUAAGGAUGAAAUCGAACAAAUUGAGAGCUACUUCUGUCAAGGGGGAAAGAUAGACUGGAUCAACUUCUGGCUUGCUGACAAACACAAGUGUGGAGAUAUCAUAAAGAGGGAUGCCUACCAAGAAGCAUACAAAAUCCUGGACAACAUAGCACAGCAUACCAAAGUCAUACGUCCCAUAGAAAGUGUGAACAUAUACCACCAACCUGGUAGUGGUGGAAGCACAGUGGCACGACAGAUCCUCUGGAGUUGGAGGACAAAUGUACGAUGUGCAGUUGUUAAACAGUGCAAGGAAAUCACAACUGUGUGUGAUCAUGCCGUGAGACUGAGGGAACACGAUGAGAGAGACCAAAAUAACUGUCUUCCAGUACUCCUACUGUUGGAAGAUCGUAAUGCAGAUUACAUAGAUGAUCUCAGACAGGAGCUUGGAAAUGUCAUUGCAACCAAAAAAAUAUGUCAGUCUGUGGUGUGCUUCAUCCUGCUCAUCUGCAACAGGUCAAAUGACCCAGGAAAAAUGUGCAGAGCAUCGUCAUCUCAAACAGUAGCAGUCACACAUGAGUUGACACCGGCAGAGAAGCCUUUGUUCACAAAAAAGCUUGAGCAACUCAAACAGCAUAUUCAUCCAGACUUCAUCCUCACAUUUGUGCUGAUGAGUGAAGAGUUCAGUAAAAGUUACAUUAAGGGUUUUGUGAAAAACCUUUUUGAUAACAUUGAUCAUUCAUCACUUUUGACUCGCCUCAUCAGAUUUGUAGCUCUCUUAAAUUGCUAUGUGGAAGAUUCAUACAUAUCUGUGUCACACUGCGAAGCAUCUCUUGGCAUAGCUACCAUUGUGGAUAGAGCUAAAUAUCAUGCAUUUGUGGAUCAUCUCUCUGAAGAAGCUAGGCUUCUUUUCAUCCACCUUAGAGAUGCUUCAACACAUAUAUCAUCAAUACGGAUUAUUCACCCACGAGUGGCAAAGGAAAUUUUGCAUAAGCUGUCUGCAAAUUUGCCUCAGAGUGAUAUUGCCAUGGAUCUCAUCAAUGACAAGGUACUUAUCAAUCAUAGGUUCAACAGAGAUGAGUUCCUGAAGUUUAUCAGAGCUCUUUUCAUCAAACGCAACAAAAAGAGCAGAGGGGAUUCUAAAGACACAGCUUUUUCACCCCUUAUUGAGCAUGUCAGCAAAAACAUAGGUGAUGUUCAGAAAGCUGUUGAUCUCUUGAAAGCUGCUUACCUAGCUUUAGGAAAAGAUGCAUACGUGGCACAACAACUUGCCCAGCUGCUUUACACAAAGUUGAGAUUUGAAGAGGCCCUGGAAUGGGCAGAGGAAGCAAAAUUUCUUCUUCCAUAUGAUACAUUCGUCCUUGACACACUGGGACAAGUUUAUAAGAGGUGGUUUUACCACUUGUAUGACACUCUUGAAGAAAAAGAACCAUCACCUGAAAGGGGAACUGAAAUCAUACACAUUGCCCUUAAAGGAAUUUCUGCCUUCAGGGCCUCAGAAAAAACUCCAAAGAAAGAGACUGUUAGCCUUAACAGUUCAUACUAUGGAGAGGUAGAUGUUUGCUGCAGGCUGCUAAAAUUCCUGUCAGGUGUUGAUGUUUUUUCAAACAAUACUGGGAAAUCAGAGUUGAUGCAGUACUUGUUAACAGACUACAUACCAGCAGAGGUCAAAAAACCCUGGCAGAUGUUUCAUCAGCAGUUGAAAGGAUUACAAAAGAGUUUGGGUCAUGCACUUGAGUGCAUUUCUGAAGACCUCAGCUACUUUCAAACUGAUAUUAGCGAGGAGGAUGAAGAGCUUGAUGCAAGGGACCCAGAACAAGUAUAUAAUCCUAGAGAAUGGUUGACAAGGAAGAGUGCUGUAUAUGCUGGCUUUUUCUGUAUUAUACCAGAUGAGAGUGUCCAAGCAGCUGAAAGCAACAGCACUGACGUUGCUGGUCCAGCUAAAAAGCUUUCUGCAUUCCAAAGACAGAUGAAGACCUACAAGCUCGGUGGAGGAAAUGUUACAUCCAUCCUCUCAUUACUUUAUGACAAGGACCCACAGAGAGCUGGAAAAAAACUUGAGACAAUAAUCAGCAUGUACCCAGAAAACAUGACAUGGAAUGACCUGGACCAGACAGAGCUUGCAAACUUCAUCUUUUGCCAAAUAGCUCUUAACUGUACUCUACCUGGGUCCUCAAAGCUCCUGUCCCUUGAAAAGCUUCAAGAACUCAGCAAAAGAUUUAUUACAAAGGGGAAAAACAUGUCAUCAGCAAGUGCUCUCUUCCUUCUCUCCCUUCUUUUUUGGCCUGAGACUAGCGGUGAACUCAGUUCUGCAGGUAGUCGGAUCCUUUUAUCAGCCAUUGAUGCACUUCAGAGAAUCUAUGAGCAAAAAAUCAAACACGUGUCUCCAAGGAAAAGCAGAAUCGUGACCCACUUCUUUCUGGCAAAGGCAAAAGGUCUCAACAAGAUUGUCCACAGAAUUGCAAUUGAAAAGCAGAUUAAAGGCACUCUAAGUGAAAGAAAGCUGCAAUGGCUUGGAGGGGAAGUAUGGAAAAACAGGGAAGUUGUGCAGUUACUGAAACGUGUUGAAGGAUGGACUGAAAAUGGAAACUUAAUUGUCAAAGGUGGAACCACCGACAGCAAGAUUAGGGUCUUUCCUCGAUAUUCUGCCUCCCUGCCAAAUGGAAAUGAAAAUGUCACCUUCUACUUGGGCUUUUCAUUUGAUGGAGUGGUUGCCUCUGACAUACAAAUAAUGGAGUAA